CUCCUAUUUUGGUCACGCAACAGUCUAUCUCCUUUAUCUUUUCUCUCCAAGAAAAGAAUAGCCCUAAAAAAUAUGGGAAAGUUGGUGGGACAUCCUGGAACUGGAUUUGGAUUCUUUAUCAUAGGUUUAUGGCACCUACUUAACCACAUCAAACUCCAUGCUCAAAACCCUAACUCUCACAAACCCUUGUUAUGGUUCCCCACCCAGAAACUAAGAUACCUAGAGCUCUACUUGAUCAUGGGUGGCUCCACGGUGACCAUAGCCAUGGACCUCUUCAUCACCCCGCGACGCCACCAGCCUCUCGACACCGACUUCACCAUCCCUUCCGCCCACCUCCACAACUUUGAACACAGCAUCAUCGCCCUCACCUUCUUUACCUACGCUGCUUUCGCCAUCCUUCUUGACCGAAAGGCCCCUCGAAAAACCAGACAUUCCCUCACCCAACUUCUCGGAGCCGUCGCCUAAUUUGGCCAGCAGCUUCUCGUCUUCCACAACCACUCGGCCGACCAUGUGGGGGUCGAAGGCGAAUACCACCUUCUACUCCAACUUGUCAUCUCCAUCGCUAUUGUCACCACUCUCAUGGGCAUUGGUUACCCUAAGAGUUUCUUGACAAGUUUUGUUAGGUCAAUGAGCAUACUUUUCAUAGGUGUUUGGCUUACGGUCAUGGGAUUCAUGUUCUGGUUUAUCCCAAAAGACUGCUUAAUGAAAUUGGAAGAAGGCCGUAGAGUUGUUCGGUGUCAUAAUGAUGAAGCUCUCGAACGGGCAAAAUCGAUCGCGAACAUUGAGUUCAGUUGGUACUUGGUUCUUGUGAUCAUUUCCUCCAUGUGUUUGUACUUGUACACGAUCAAAAUUUAUGGGGAGAAAGUUGAAUACCAAACUCUGUCCGAGAAAGAAUCAGAAGAGGACGAGGAGAGUGAAGAUGUUGAGGCUCAAAAGAAAAGCGAAGUUGACGAGCCCAAGAGGUUUGUCCAGACGGGAAAUAAUUAA